UAAGCUACUUCGUUGGAGAGAGUGAGAAAAAGAGUGAGAGAGACUGUUUUCCUAGAGGAGACUUUCAAUUUGUGUUCUGGAAAUACAUGAAAUCCUGUGUGCCCUGUGCAAAGAGACCUGCUCCUGUCUAAGCACCUUAAUGAGUAUAAGCCCCAGGGUGGAAUAAUAGCAGCAACCAGAGUCAGCUCCGUGGGAAACACAGCUCUACGGUUGCUUACGUUCACUGCUUGCAGACAUGCAGCCUUUCACCUUGGUCGGUGCUCUUUUUCUCCUGCUCCACAUCUACUCUGGGCAUGCAGACGCCACUAGACACUACCGACAAGUCCUUACUGGCAACCAACCAGGCGUGUGUCGCUAUGGCAGGAGACUGGAGUGUUGCUAUGGGUGGAGGAAAAACAGUAGAGGACAGUGUGAGGCUCAAUGUGAGCAUGGGUGCAAGCACGGAGAGUGUGUUGGUCCCAACAAAUGCAAGUGUUUUCCUGGAUACACCGGAAAGACAUGUAAUCAAGAUCUGAAUGAGUGUGGUCUGAAACCUCGUCCGUGUGAGCAUCGCUGCAUGAACACCCAUGGAAGUUACAAGUGCUACUGCCUCAAUGGAUACACCUUAAUGCCGGACGGAUCUUGUGCCAAUUCCAGGACUUGCUCACUGGCUCACUGUCAGUACGGCUGUGAGGAAGUAGACGGGGAGAUUCGCUGCCUGUGCCCCUCUGCAGGCCUGCAACUGGGACAAGAUGAAAGGACUUGUGUAGAUAUUGAUGAAUGUGUUACUGGCAAGAACCUCUGCCCAUACAACAGGCAGUGUGUGAACACAUUCGGCAGCUACUUCUGCAAGUGCCAGGAAGGCUAUGACCUGAAAUAUGUUGACGGCAAAUAUGACUGUGUAGAUCUUGAUGAGUGUGCAGCCGGCACCCACAAAUGCAGCCACCAUGCUGUGUGUCUGAACACUCAAGGAUCCUACAAGUGCAGGUGCCAGUCUGGCUUCAGAGGCAAUGGCUUUGAAUGUUCUGUAAAGCCGUUUUUUCAAAGAUCGCUGGAUGGGGACAAAGGCAGUGCAGAUGAUUUUCUCAAUGUAAUCCCAGACUCCCAACUGAGGCAUGUGGUUCUAGGAGGCAAACCGGAAAAUGAAGACAUCAAAAACAUUAUCCCCGAACCAGUAGUGACACCACCUCCUAGGGCCCGCCAGCAGCCUUUUGACUAUGAUGGAGAAGUCUACAUAGGAAGUCCAACUGAGGAAAGACCAGAGCCUGAGUACCCCGAGGAAGAAGAGGAGGAAGAGCAAGAGGAGGACAACCAGCUCAAUCCCAGAGGAGAUGUUUUCAUAUCAGAGGACUUUGAGUCAGUGUUUGGACCUGCCACAGAAGUCAAAGAAAUCCAUUUAGGUCCAGUUCAGGAGGAGUUCAUCAUGGACUGCAACUUUGAUCAAGGAGCAUGUGAGUGGGUCCAAGACAAGUCUGAUGACAUGGACUGGACUGUAGCAUACCAUGAUGCAGGUGCUCAGUACUAUAUGGCCAUGAGUGGACUCUUAGGAGAGCAGGAAGAAAUAGCCAGACUGAAGUUGCUUCUCAGCGAUCGAGCCCAGCAGGGUAGCUUCUGUCUCACCUUUGACUAUCGUGUGACGGGCCGUAAUGUUGGCACACUCAGAGUGCUGCUGGAUAACAACGCCUACCCAGUAUGGGAGCAGAGCCAAAGCAAGAACCAGGACUGGCAGACAGAGCUCCUUACUGUAGCCUGGAAAGAAAAGGCCCCAGAAAUUAUUAUAUUUGAAGCUCAACGUGGAAGAGGUGUUGGAGGAGAGUUGGGCCUGGACAACGUAGUGCUGACCUCGGGGCCCUGUCAAGAAGAUGCUGGCCCGAUCUUUUAGGACACCCCGAUCAAGUUAAAAAUCCUUUCACAUCACCAUAAGUGACAAAAGGACACAAGGAAUUUUAUGUCCUGUCCCCUCUAUGGUCUCUCCCCUCCAGAUUGUUGGAAAUGUUCUCUUGUGGCUAAGUCACACACACAGAUAAGGAUACAUGACCUGAAGGGGAGGUUAUGCAUGCAUGUUUACUUUAUCACCGUGCUGCUAGAUCCAUACAUCCUGCAACAUUUUCUAUUGUGACUUUCAAAACAGCCUUUUAAGAUACAAACUAUCAAGAUCUCAGGAAAAGGUGGAAAUAACCUUUGUAACAGUAUUGUGUUCUCUCUUUUUGUGUGUAUGUAAUGAUGCGUUGCUGAAGUUAAGUAAAAAUUAUCAUUGACAUGUAAUGUGAAUUCUUAAGUGAAUUAUAUACUGAAAUUCAAACUUAGGUGACUAAAGUUUUGAAGGCUGGUUAGUUUAUUAGAUCAGAAGUAUCAGUGCAUAACUGCUGUAAAUUUUGCUGUCAUAUUAUGCUGUACUAUUGCAUUUAAAUUUGUUUUGUUUUUUUCUA